UCGAGGUUCUUCGAGAGAUCAAUGGCCUCCUCCAAAACCCUAAUCGAGAUCUUCAGUCCCGCGAAGCGCCUCAAAACCCAAGCCUCCUCCUCCGAAACCCUAACCCCCAAAUCUCCCACCGUUUCCCUUUGCAAUCCCUCCCCCGUAGCCGGCGAACUCCCGCCGGACUCCCUCACCGCCGAUCAGAAGAAGCGGAUCGAAAUCAACAAGUACCUUGCCCGAUCGAAGCGAAAUCUCAGACUAUGCACCGAAAGAAUCGAGAAAUCGAAAGCGGAAGGGAUGGGGUAUUUGAGGCUGGAGGAUCUCUUGGUGGAGGAUUCGUGGCUGGGUGCUCUCCCCGGGGAACUCCAGAAGCCUUACGCUAAGAAUCUCUGCAAAUUCUUGGAGCGGGAGGUGGGAGGGAGCAUCCCGAUCUACCCGCCGCCAUUUCUUAUAUUCAAUGCUCUUCAUUCAACUCCAUUUGAUCGCGUGAAGGUUGUGAUCCUCGGACAGGAUCCGUAUCAUGGGCCAGGGCAAGCGAUGGGGCUUUCUUUCUCUGUGGCCGAGGGUAUCAAGUUGCCUCCAAGCCUGCUGAACAUAUUCAAGGAGCUUCACAAAGAUGUUGGAUGCUCAAUCCCUUCUCAUGGUAAUCUGGAGAGAUGGGCUGUGCAGGGUGUUCUGCUGCUCAACACUGUCCUCACAGUGAGGAAUCAUCAGGCUAAUUCUCAUGCAAAGAAAGGGUGGGAGCCAUUUACUGAUGCUGUGAUUCGAACCAUUUCACAGAAGAGAAAAGGAAUUGUUUUUCUUUUAUGGGGGAAUUCAGCCCAAGAGAAGUCAAGAAUGAUUGAUGAGACAAAACACCAUAUCUUAAAGGCUGCUCAUCCAUCAGGCCUUUCUGCCAACAGAGGUUUUUUUGGAUGCAGGCAUUUUUCUCAGACGAACAAGAUCUUAGAGUCGAUGGGCCAUUCUCCUAUUGAUUGGCAGCUCUGAAGUUUUAUCUCUCAUCUUUUCUGGCUGCACCAUUGCUCUCAAAUCUCCCCAAGUGUAUGACCAUCUCCUAUGGUCAGUUUUUGGUUAUAACUACUCCAAACAGGUUGGGUACACUCUUAAGAUAUAAUGUAAAUAUUAAUUUCUCUACUUUAAUGUAUCAGGACACCUUAAUUUAUUCUGAUCUUGGCCAUACUCAGCUGUGUGGUUUUGUGAAACUCUUUGCUAUCAAAUAUUUUGCAUUUUGUAGACAUGCUUUUGUUUGGCAACAAUUGCGUGUUGUAAGCAAAUAUGUUCAUGAUUUAGUGAAGUUGUAUUAAAUGUUUGUGUGAUUUAAAUUUA